UCCCCACCGCCAAUGGCCUGCUCGCCCCAACCGGCUGCUCUGGGACUGCCUGUCAAGCCAAGCUCCUCGCGUCUACCGGCUCCCUUAUCACUAUAUCUUCUCUACUCUACCUUUCUGAAGAAACAGCCUGGCGUUACGUCAGACCCGGGCAAAAACCGCAGGGCAAGCAAGUCGGAGUCUGAGGAGCUAGGCAUUGCUGCCAAACCAGGACUAAGGCUGCUCACUCACAGCUCAGCGUUCAAUGUCAUUAAAAAGGAACACUUUUAAACCGCGGCAGCAUGUGGUAAGUCAAUUUUUCUCUGAUUCGUUUUUCCAGCCGUUGGGAUUUUUUUUUUAUACCGUUUUCACUCACAUGACACUUUGACCAGUUGUCUCUGGCUGGCAUAAUUGCGCAAAAACUGCGGUAACACCGCGUGUUGGAGAUUGUUCAAAAGUAGACUAACAAACGUUCAGCCACUUUGAAACCAACAUGACAUGAUGAUGAGGCACCCAAGCUUUUCAACAACCACUUGCAGAGAUUUUUUCUUCAUUUUUUAAAUUUGAUUAUUAAUCAUUUCAAAAACAAACAUGCCUCAUGCUCGAAAUAGGAACCCUAGCCCCAUCCCUGAGGUAACAUGGGAUACGGGAUUGAAGGAGAUGAACGAAACUUGGAAGGGAGCUAUUGCCUGUCUCGGGGUGGCAGUCUUUUUCGUCAUGACCAUUGGGAUCAUAUACUGGCAAGUGGUGGAUCAGCCUAACAAGAACUGGAUCCUAAAGGGGAGUUAUAGCGGGCUUAUCUGGGAGAGACGGACUCACUCUCUGGUCAUACAGACACUGACAGAAGACAAGACCUACGUGGAGAUUGACGUGGGCAACGUGGGGAACCCCGAUAUUGAAGUGCCGUUUGUCAGGAACCUGUGCUGGCUCAAUAAGACGGAGUUCUGCUACACAUGGGAUUCGGUGGCGGACGUUAAAAUCUCUUUGGAGGUGAAUGAGGCGACGGAGACGGAGUGUUAUAGCAUGACAUGGUCGCCGGUGCACUGUCAUGUGGAGCUGAAGGACUGCUUCUCCAUGGCUAACAUGUCGUGGUACGGUGGCGCCAGCGUCCAGAACCAGAGCUGGCCAAUCAACGAGCAGAAUGUCACCAUGCAGCCGUUCACUGUUAGCAACCUCAGGGACAACCCGUCUGGCUUUGGCUCAGUCCUCGAACGCUACUUCCUGGGCUCGUCAGGUAAGGGGUCUUCGCCUUGA